AUGUCUCAGCUUGGUAGUCUGGUGGGAGACAGGGGUGACCCUCGUCUUCAUGAGAAUGAGCGUGAAAAGCUUGAUGUCGGCACGAGCACUACUAUACGACCUCAGCAUCGUAGAUUACACGACCCGAACGUGACUUUUGAAGAGUAUUAUUACUACGCCCAGCAAACACGAGCGGAAGAAGAUCGCUUUGGAGAUCGUGAGACGGGUAUCUUGUCUGUACUCUGGCCUUCCAAGAGUGGCGGUGGUGUUCACCAAGACACUAAAAAUGUCUCGAAGAAUGCUGCUACCAUGAACACAAGUGACCCUUUGACCCGUCUGAAUAUCACAGAUGAAGAAUGGACAAAUGCCUCUCGUGCCCUUCGUACGGCCACUCGAGGCGCUAUUUUCUACCUUAUUACCACCGAUAUUCUGGGGCCAUUUGGUCUGCCAUACGCUUUCGCCACUAUGGGAUGGGGUCCCGGUAUCGCGUUAUACACGGUUUUUGCCGCCCUUGCCGGCUAUUCUGGAUAUCUCCUUUGGGAAACCUUUCUCGGCCUCGACUCAUACCAAUUUCCUCUCCGUAGCUUUGGAGACCUGGGAUUUCGCUUGUAUGGCCCUUGGAUGCGGUAUCUUUUCAACAUUCUUCAAAGCAUUCAGCUUCUUCUCAAUGUUGGUCUGAUUAUCAUUUCCAACGGCGAAGCUUUGUCUCAAGCAGCCAAGUUCAAUUUGUGCUUCAUCAUUUGCUGCAUGAUUUGGGCUUUGGUUGGAUUUAUCCUUGGGCAAGUUCGUACCCUGCAGAAAUUUGGCUGGCUCGCGAAUCUUGCCGUAUGGCUCAACCUCCUUUGCAUGUUUAUUACAAUGGGUGGCGCUGCCCACUCACCUCCCAACUAUGCGGGUGCAUCCCAGGCUGCUGGAGCUGCUAUUGGCGACGGCUCAUCAGUCAUGCCGGUCAAUGGUGUUUACCCGCCUGUAAGGACAUCUGGUGGCCUUCCUGAUACAGGAAACUUUGCAGGAACAAUCAGUGGUGCUAUGCAGGCAGUCUUUGCAUACGGUGGCUCCAUGGUUUUUCCGGAGUUCAUGGCUGAGAUGAAGCGCCCUAAAGACUUUCUCACGGGCAUGUGGGCAGCCCAGGCUUUCAUCUAUGUUUGCUAUAUGUUUUAUGGUCUCUUCAUCUACGGCUACCAAGGACAGUACACGAUAAACCCAACUUAUCUUGGUAUCAGUCAGUACGGCAUUCAAACUGCUGGUAAUGUUUUUGCCAUGAUUACCGGUAUCAUUGCUGCUGGUUUGUAUGGCAACAUUGGUGUUAAAGGUGGGCUGUUCCCGAUUUUAACCUUUGUCUCUUUUUUGGCUAACAAUGAAACAUCCAUAGUUAUUUAUAACAACAUUUUUGUUGAAAUCUUCCGCGCACCACCUCUUACGAACAAAGUUGGAAAAUAUCUAUGGGUGGGACUUAUACCUGUGUACUGGGCCAUUGCAUUUGUCCUUGCGGCUGGUAUUCCAAACUUUUCCGGCCUGACCUCCGUUGUUGCAGCUUUCUGUAUCCUGCAGUUCACCUACACUUUCCCUCCCAUGCUAGCAACUAUUUACUGGAUCAAACAGGGCGCGUUGGGUGACGGUGAAGGAUUUGACCCCCAUACUGGUGCUACAGUGCGUCAUGAUGGUGGUCUACGACGCAUUAUACGUGGUUUUGUCUCCCAGAAGCCGAAGAGAAUGAUGGCCAGUAUUUUCAAUAUCCUAUACUUCUUAGGAGCAUUGGCUCUUGCCGGGCUGGGUGCUUACUCUGCGAUCACCGUCUUGAUUCAUGCCUACCGGGAAAGUGUGACUACUUCUUUCACCUGCCACAGUCCUCUGGAUGGUUAA